AUGGGAAAUCUCUUUAGCUCGAUGUUCGAUAGACUGUGGGGCGUCAACAAGGAACUGCGGAUCCUGAUCCUGGGGCUGGACGGCGCGGGCAAGACCACGAUCCUGUACCGGCUGCAGGUGGGCGAGGUGGUGACGACCAAGCCGACGAUUGGGUUCAACGUGGAGACACUGACGUACCGCAACCUCAAGCUCAAUGUGUGGGACCUGGGCGGGCAGACGAGCAUCCGGCCAUACUGGCGCUGCUACUACGCGAACACGGCGGCGGUGAUCUUCGUGGUGGACUCGACGGACAAGGACCGGAUGGGGGUGGCGGCGCGCGAGCUGCACACGAUGCUGCAGGAGGAGGAGCUGCAGGACGCGGCGCUGCUGGUGUUUGCCAACAAGCAGGACCAGCCGGGCGCGCAGAGUGCGUCGGAGGUGUCGCGCGAGCUGCGGCUAGCGGAGCUCAAGGACCGCAGCUGGAGCAUCGUCGCGGCGAGCGCGCUGCGGGGCGAAGGCAUCACGGAGGGCCUGGACUGGCUGAUCGACGUGAUGCGCGAGGAGCAAUUGUAG